AGCACCGGGCGGGACGGGCCGUGGGGCGGGGAGCGAUCCCGGGACCGGGCAGGAUAAGUCCGGAUGGUCCUUGGCGUUCCGUGGGGUCCCGGUACCGGGGAGAAUCGUCUUUGACGUUCGGGACACCCUCGGUACCGGGCAGGACGGUCCUUGGAACAGAGAGGGAUGCCGGUACCGGGAAGCCAUGGAGGUGCAGUCCUACUACACCAAACUGCUGGGGGAGCUGAACGAGCAGCGCAAGCGGGACUUCUUCUGCGACUGCAGCAUCAUCGUGGAGGGCCGGAUCUUCAAGGCGCACAAGAACAUCCUGUUCGCCAACAGCGGCUACUUCCGAGCCCUGCUCAUCCACUACAUCCAGGACAGCGGCCGCCACAGCACCGCCUCCCUGGACAUCGUCACCUCCGAGGCCUUCUCCGUCAUCCUGGACUUCCUGUACUCCGGGAAGCUCGACCUGUGCGGGGAGAACGUGAUCGAGGUGAUGUCGGCCGCCAGCUACCUGCAGAUGACCGACGUGGUCAACUUCUGCAAGACCUACAUCAGGUCCUCCCUGGACAUCUGCAGGAAGAUCGAGCGGGAGGCGGCUUUCUACCAGGCGGACAGCGGGAGCUCCGCCAGGGAGGGCACGUCCCUCGGCCCCCGGGGACAGUGCCCUGCCCCUGGCUCGUCCCUGCAGGAUAAGGAAGGGGGUCCGGGUUGCCAGCGGGACCCCCCGUGCGGGGACUGCAGCAGCUGCCACCCCCUGGAGCUGGUGGUGAGGGACCCCCUGGGCGGCGACUCCCAGGACGGGGUGAACUCCUCGCUGCCCAGGGGGGUGGAACCCAAGGUGGAGUUCGACGACGACGGGGAGGUGGAGGUGGGCGAGAGGCUGCCCCAGUACCCCGCCCCGCUGUCCCUGGAGCACAUGGAGGAGGGGCAGCCCGUGGACCUGGCCUGCAACAACUACCACAUGAAGCAGUUCCUGGAGGCCCUGCUGCGCAACAGCUCGGCCCAGAGGAAGGAGGACGUGGUGCAGCACUUUGUGAGGGGGUUUGAGGGCAGGACGGAGGACGCAGGGCUGGCCAUGAGCUCCAUGGUGGACAUUCACAGCGACUGGUAUGGUGAGGACACAGGUGACGUGCUGGUCGUGCCAAUCAAGCUGCACAAGUGCCCCUUCUGCCCCUACACGGCCAAGCAGAAGGGGAUCCUGAAGAGACACAUCCGCUCCCACACCGGGGAGAGGCCCUACCCCUGUGAGACCUGUGGGAAGCGCUUCACCCGCCAGGAGCACCUCCGGAGCCACGCCCUGAGCGUUCACCGCUCCAACAAGCCCAUCAUCUGCAAGGGCUGCAGGAGGACCUUCACCAACAGCCUGUCCCCGGGGCUGCGGCGCUUCGGGCUCUGCGACAGCUGCACCUGCGUCACCACCACCCACGAGGACUCCGUGCCCAUCAACCUCAGCCUCGUGGAAACGGCCUCCGAGGGCCAGGAGAAGGGGGAUGCCGACAGCGACUGGCCCAUCUACGUGGAAUCCGGGGAGGAGAACGACCCGGCCGACGAGGAGGAGGAGGAGGAGGGGGAUGACAAGCAGGAGAUCCACAGGAGUUUGUCGGACAGGGAAGCGCUGAUGUAGCAGUGGGAGGGGAGAGGGAGCAACUGGGAGCCUCCCCUGGCAGCAACAGAAAACUGCACGUUUGCCCCAGUUAGUGACACUGUGCUGGUUUUUAUUCCUUUUUUUUUUUUUUUUUUUAAUAGAACGUUGGGGGAGAAUCGGAAUUUUUAACGCUUUUUAAGUUUUCAGUGCUGUGCACCAGAAAUCUGUGAAGAAUCUCCUGUCUGGGGUUCACAGUGCUUGGACUUGAGCAAUUUCUCUGCCUCUCUGGUUUUGAUUUUGCAGGUGGGACAUCUCUGUGUUGUUUUGAUAACAGGUUUCUUCAAACAGUGCUGUUGUGGUCCUCAAUCCCUAACCUGAAAGGGGCACCACCUUCUCUCUGAAGAUGCCAUGAAAUGUAGUUUACAUCUGAAGAUGACAUGAAAUGCAGUUUACAUCUCUUACCUUGGGACUUUUUAAAUCUUUAAACUGUGAUCCUUCUGUGUUAGGACAGUAUUACCUGAACUGUAAACCAGGAGUGUUUGCUUGGACUGGGUUUGACCUGGAAACCAGGGCAGAAAAACCAGGAUAACAAAAAUAUGCUGCUGCUGAAAAAAAGGAUAGACAGUAAGAAUAGUUGUAUUUCACGUGUCCUUAAUUGCAGGAAUUUGGAGAUCAAGUUUCUCUUCCUGAAUUUUUACUGCAUCUUCCUCUCUCAAGAGCUCAGGCUGCAGAUCUUCAGAUGUGUCUUUAAUGUCACUCAGGCAUCAGUAGUCUUGGCUUGAGAAAUAUGAAGCAAAUUAUGGUGUCUGGUGGCCUGGUCUCUUGGUUUAGACUGAGUGAAAUGCCCAAAUUCUCUUCAGCUUUUUACAGCAGGAGUUAAAAGCUGUCGAGCAGGUUCCUUGGGAAUUCUGACACUGACAGAUUAAAAAGUAGAUCCACAGCUGGUGUGGCUGAGGAGCAGUGAAGUAUCAAGAUCUGCUGUAACAGAGCUCUGAACACCCUUUUUGAACCCCUUUCUUUCUCUUUUACUAUAAUUUCUUUUGGAAUUUGGGGAUCCUUCUCAUGGUUUAUGUUGCUGUGUGAAUUUCCCUGAGUAUUUAUUUAUUUUUUUAAAAAAACACCUCCACUGUGAACCUCCUGUUUCUUUGCUGGGAUAGCUCAAGGUUUUCAAAGGAGGUGAGAUUUGUUACCUUUUCAGUAGCAAGCUGAUAUAAGCUAUCAAAAAAUCAGGCUGAGAAGCUUUGGAAGAAAACACACCACCUGUUUGCUUAGGGGUGACCUCCUGUUCCCUAAGGAAGGGACAAAACUGAAAUAUACUGUGAAAUAAGACUGUUAGUGCUUCUUUACUCUACUGUUCAUAAGUGUUUCAUGAGAAGGCAAAUUCUGUGAGUCUUUCUAGAUGGAGCAAAGGCUGGACCAGAAAUCUGCAGGCAGGUUUGGCCAACAAAGGAUGAGCAGUUCCUCCCACUUAAGGCAGUGUUUCUUGAGGCUUUUGGUGUAAAGGCUUCUCUCUUGGCAAACCUAAAAAAAAGCAAAGAGCCCUCUGAUUUAACCAGUCCUUUUUUUUUUUUUUUCCCUGCAUGGUUUUCUUUUGUGCGUUGAAAAAGAACGAUUGAGCUUCAUCCUGAGUGAAACAGUCCCAUCACAACGUCGGGAUUUACUUGUGAGAGGUGAUUCUACCCUCACAAGGGGUUCACCUGCCCCAUCAGACAGGAUGAGGAAAGAAGAAACAAGGUUCUUUUUAAACAAGUCACUUCACUGGCGGUUGCUGAAAAGAGCAGAAGAUGAAGAGACUUGUUUUGAAGUCCAGGUUCUUGAUGAGUGUCACCUUUGCAGGAUCCCACCACCACGUGCUGCUUUUAUUUUUCUGUCCCUCAAAUUGGAUGAGUCUCAGUCAUCCCUGUUCCAGGGCAUCUGCAAAUUUGAGUUUGUAGCAGCUGAGCAGUGUCACAGUGACACGUCAUCACUGGGGCAAGACCUUUACAAAAUUCACUGCUCCAGACCCUGUUUCAGCCCAUCUGAAUUUAAACCAUCAGAAGGACAACUUAUGUAGGUGCCAGGCUUGGAGCUGAGCUCCUCUGAAAAUCCUGCUGUGGUUUUGAGGUCCUUAGUGCUCUUGAGCCAAAGGUGGGCUUGUAAAUCUUGCUGGAAUAUUGAAAAUGCCACCUCCAGCCUCCCAGGGCUUGUCUUUGGGAAUUCUGGGCUCCUGCUCGAUUUUUUGGUGAGUCCCUCCAACAUCAGAGGGGUGUUUGUUUGGUAUCUGCUUGUCUGAUGAAGGAGGGGCUUGUGCAUGUGAGAGCACCUGAAAAAGAGACACGGGGGAUCUGGGUUUGUGGGGAGACUCGCUUGCUGAUGGAAUGUAAAUAGGGAUCCCAAACCACACUCAGUGACCAGACACCCCCAUUUCUGGUCGUGAAGGUGCCACCUCAUUGUAAAUAUUGGUGGAAGCCACUAGACAUGGAAUAUCAGCCCAGCCUGGCUCUGGCCAGUGCUCCACAGCUGUGGGAAGAUGCAGCUCCUGGCUGAGCCCGUGGGGACACUCAGAGCAGGGCAAACCAACCUCUUGGGAGGUCUGAGUGUCGCGAGAGAGCCGCGGGUGUGUCUGCAGAGACCUUUCCCUUCAACCUGCUGUUCUUUGGUCUUAGAGAUUGUUCUUGUGUGUCUUGUGCCUAGAGAAUGGAGCUGUGAGGGGUGAGGGGAGGGGGGGGUUGGCCGUGCACAUUCCACGUGGAAAGUCACCACCAAACUCGUGUUUCCUGUUGGAAUUGUCAUGUUGUGCUGCUUUGUUUCCUAUGGAGUCCUUCAGCCUUUGUAGUAGAAAAGGAUGUAGUUUACCCACAUUCUUGUGACCUGGGGGAGGGGGGGGUGUUCAUGUAAAUCUGUUUUUCUCGUGCUUUCCACUUAGUUUUUUGGGUGUUUUUUCCCUGAAAUCUUCCGUUGUAGAUCCAGCCUCUACAAGCUUUGAGAAAACGAUGUGGCUGUUUUGAAAUGGUGCUUGAUGAAGAAUCAAAAAUAAUGUUUUUAGGAAAGUUAUUUCUAAUGCAAUCUCUUUCUCAAAGGUUUUUAAAGGCCGUGCAGAACGACAUAUCUUCAAGUCUUAGCUUGAUGUACUUGACUUUGUUUAGGAAUGUACAUUUUAAUGUAUUUUUGCACAUAAUUGCACUGUAUUUCACUGGAGGAAUACAUGCUGCACUGGUAUUUGUAGCUCAUUUAACCUCUUGGUGCAAGCCCCUGUAAAUCUUCCAAACGUGGUCAUUUGAUUUCCUGAUGUUUUGUAAGACAGUUUCAUAACUGAAGUCCUUUAGUCCAGUUACAAUGACAGAUUCUUAUAAACUGAACCUUAUUUGUAGAAGUGACUGAACUAUAUUUGUGGAUCUUGGAGCAUUCUGGAGUUUUUUUGAUUGUCUAGAAAAUAAAACUCUCUGAGAGGGUUGCUUUGAUUUUUUUACCA